AUGACGUUGCAAUCUUCGAAAACUACCCAUACCUCCGAGAAACCACAAAGAACCGUGUUAGUUGUGGGUGCAGGCCCAGUUGGGCUUGCUAUCACCCUCAGGCUUGCCCUAGCUGGCAUAGUGGUCGACGUGGUAGAGAAGGAGUCGAGAGUGGACGAGGAGCCACGUGCUGUGGCUUAUUAUGCGAGCGCACUGAAUACCAUGAACAAGAUGGGGGUGAUACCGGAUAUGGAGAAGGUAGGGUCUGUUUCUGAGGGGUUUUGCUGGCGUAAGCCAAUCCAUGCCGAUGGUCAGUGA